AUGACGGCUGCGGAAUGCAAUACUGGUGCAAUCUUCUUUGUGGAUGGCCCAAGAGGAACUGGAAAGACAUAUUUAUAUCGUGCACUAUUGGCCUCAGUGAGAAGUCAAGGGAGAAUUGCCAUUGCAACAGCAACUUCUGGAAUUGCAGCUGCACUUUUACCUGGUGAAAGGACAACCCAUUCAAGAUUCAAGAUCCCCUUAAACCUAGAGGUUUCGUUCGUGUGUUCCAUUACUAAACAAUCAGAUUUGGCAGAACUGAUUAGACGUGCAGUAGUCAUCAUUUGGGAUGAAGCUACAAUGACAAAUCGUUAUGCUUUUGAAGCCUUGAAUCGAACACUCAUAGACAUCAUUGGUGUUGAUUAUCCAUUUGGUGGCAAAAUUAUGGUGUUUGGUGGUGAUUUUCGACAAGUACUUCCACUUGUUCCUAAAGAUGAAAUGAUCAAAGUACCAACAUCGAUGGCAAUACCAUGGAAUGGUGAAGAAUCAAUAGUUCAACUAUUAGAAGAAAUUUAUCCUGAUAUCAUAAACCAUUCUUUUGACGCCGAGUAUAUGGUUAGUACGGACAUAAUAACUCCUCGCAAUGAAGAUGUCGACAAGCUCAAUGAGAAAAUCAUUCAGAGAUUUCCAGGAGAAUCAAGAGUGUACCACUCAUUUGAUAAAGUUGAAAAUGAUACCCAAAAUUUGUAUCAACAAGAGUUUUUAAAUUCUAUUUCACCAGGAGGAAUGCCCCCACAUGCAUUGCAUUUGAAAGUUGGAGCCCCAAUUAUGCUUUUGAGGAAUCUUAACCCUUCUUCUGGUUUGUGUAAUGGCACAAGGCUACUGUGUCGAGCUUUGAACAAUAAUUUCAUAGAUUCAGAGAUUUUAACAAGACAUUUCAAAGGCAUGAGAGUUUUCCUACAUCGCAUUCCAUUAAAGGCUCCGGAAAACUUAAAACUUCCAUUUGAAAUGGCUCGCACACAAUUUCCAGUUCGCCUUAGUUUUGCUUUGACAAUAAAUAAAUCACAAGGUCAAACAAUUGCACAUGUGGGAAUUUACCUUCCGGAUUAG